AUGGCUGCUUUGGGAAUUCUUAGCUAUGAACAAAGACCUCUGAAAAAACCUCGCCUUGGACCACCUGAUGUCUACCCACAGGACCCUAAGCAGAAAGAGGAUGAACUAACUGCAGUGAAUGUGAAACAAGGCUUCAGUAACCAGCCGGCCUUUUCUGGAGACGAGUAUGGAUCGGCCAGGAACAUUGUCAUUAACCCAUCUAAGAUUGGAGCAUACUUCAGUAGUAUUCUUGCUGAAAAGUUGAAACUAAACACGUUUCAAGAUACUGGAAAGAAAAAGCCACAAAUUAAUGCCAAAGACAACUAUUGGUUGGUGACGGCGCGUUCUCAGGGUGCUAUCCACAGCUGGUUUACUGAGCUUGCUGGUAACAAACACCUGACUGUUUUAGCUAAGACGGUACCUAUACUUAGUAAAAAAGAAGAUAUAUUCGGCUACCUGGCCAAAUAUUCAGUGCCACUAUUACGGGCUGCCUGGCUGGUGAAGACGACCUGUGCAUACUAUGCUGCUAUUUCAGAAGCUAAAAUAAAGAAACGUCAGUCAACUGAUCCAAAUAUAGAAUGGACUCAGAUAUUAACUAAAUAUCUUCGAGAUCAAUUGGUAAAGAUCGCUGAUUUUCAUCAUGCAAGCUCCAGCCAACAGUCUCAAUCCAACAAUCCCUUAGUGGUAACACAGGAUAUGGAACAGGCCUUAAAGCAAUGGGAAUACAAUGAGAAAUUGGCAUUUUACAUGUUUCAGGAAGGUUUGUUAGAAAGACAUCAAUACUUAACAUGGAUGCUGGAAGUCUUGGAAAAAGUCCAUCCAUUGGAUGAUGAACUUCUGAAAAUCCUAUUACCCCUUGUUUUGCAGCACUCCGAAGAAUUUGUACAAUCUGCGUACUUGUCACGGCGCCUUGCCUAUUUCUGCUCCAGGCGCCUUUCUGCACUGCUGAGUGAUUGUGCGAGUUCUGCCAAUGCGCAUGCCCCCGUUGUAAUGAUGGGCACAAACAAUCCUCCAAUAUCUGCUCCGAGUCCGAGUACUACGGGACCAGUCGUCAAUUCUGCCCAUCUGCCCUGUGCUGAUUUUCAGACAUGUCCCCAACACCGCCCAUUAGUAUAUGGUCUUAGCUGCAUGCUACAAACUAUCACUCUUUGCUGUCCAAGUGCCUUGGUGUGGAACUAUUCCACAAAUGAAAGUAAAAAUACAAAUCCAGGUUCUCCACUGGAUCUUCUUCAGGUUGCCCCAUCAAGCCUGCCUAUGCCUGGUGGAAACUCACUGUUUAAUCAACAGGUUCGAGCUAAAGUUUAUGAAGUUGAACAACAGAUUAAAGUAAGAGGUCAGGCUGUGGAAGUCCGCUGGUCAUUUGAUAAGUGCCAAGAAUCAGCUGCAGGUGUUACUAUUAACAGAGUUUUGCACACGUUGGAAGUUUUAGAUCGGCAUUGUUUUGACAGACUGGAUUCCACUAACUCGUUGGAUACCUUGUACUAUAAGAUAUUUUGCACAAAUCAAAAUAAGGACAGCCAGGAGGUGCCUCCUAGUGAUGAAGCAGUGAUCACUUUACUUUGCGAGUGGGCUGUGAGCUGCAGGCGGUCUGGAAAACACCGAGCAAUGGUGGUGGCUAAGCUUCUUGAAAAGAGGCAGCUGGAAAUAGAGGCUGAACGAUGCAGUGACUCAGAAGUCUUGGAUGAGAAGGAAUCUAUCUCUUCUACAUCUCUUGCUGGAUCCAGCUUGCCAAUCUUCCAGAAUAUCUUACUCCGAUAUUUAGAUUCUCAAGCUCCAUCUCUCAGUGACCCAAAUGAUGAACACGAAAAAACAGAGUUUAUAAAUUUGGUUUUACUCUAUUGUGAGUUUAUCCGCCAUGAUAUAUUUUCUCAUGAUGCAUAUAUGUGUACUCUGAUAUCGCGUGGGGACUUGUCAGUCAGCAACCAAUCUCAUUCACCAAAUCUGGAACAUUUAGAUGACCAUUACACUAAAGAUCUCAGUGUCAAGCUGGAGGAACAAGGCUUGGGAGACCAAAUGGAGAUUGACUCGGGCGCAGCCCACCUCUUUGACGACAUUGAGAAAAAUAACUUCAAAACAGACUUUGGCUCAGAAUUUCCAAUAUUUUCGCCGGUGUCUGGAGACUGCCAUAAUUACGACUCUCCAUCACUUCAAAGAAGAGUUUCAGCUUCAAGUGAAAAAUCUGUAAAACAAGAAAUGAUUUUCCCUUCUACUUACGAGCUUCUACGCCAUUUACAGUAUGCAACUCACUUUCCCAUUCCUCUGGAGGCAUCAUCAAGUCAUGAAUGUAACCAGAGAAUGAUUUUACUAUAUGGAGUAGGAAGAAAAAGAGAAAAGGCCAGACAUCAACUUCGGAAACUUACUAAAGAUCUCUUAAAGAUUCUGAAUACAAAUGGCACAAGUGAAUUUGCUGUUGGAGAUGAUGGACAACGGAUGAGAAAGAGCAAGCAGGAGUCACUUCCAAGUCUAGAGAGUACAUUUUCUAGGCUGCAGCACUUGUCCUACUUUGAUCAACAUCAUGUAACAUCCCAGGUAUCUUGUAACAUGCUGGAACAAAUCACAAGCUUCGCUUCUGGGACUUCUUACCACCUUCCUCUGGCUCACGAUGUCCAACUUAUAUUUGAUAUAAUGGAACCUGCCCUCAACAUCAAUGGUCUCAUUGAUUUUGCUGUACAGCUCCUAAAUGAACUGAGCAUGGUGGAAGCAGAGUUACUGUUGAAAUCAUCGAGCCUGGCAGGAAGUUACACAACUCGCCUCUGUCUGUACAUUGUGGCUGUGCUCAGGCGGUAUCAUCCAUGUCUAAUUUUAAAUCCUGAGCAAACAGCACAAGUUUUUGAAGGAUUGUGUGGUGUGGUCAAGCAUGUUGUCAAUCCAUCAGAAUGCUCCUCUCCAGAACGCUGUAUUCUGGCAUAUUUGUAUGACCUCUAUGUAUCAUGUAGUCAUUUAAGGAUUAAAUUUGGAGAUCUAUUCAGUAGUGCUUGUUCAAAGGUAAAGCAGACAAUAUACAGCAGCGUACAGCCUUCCAACUCUAAUGUGUUGUGGGAUCCGGACUUCAUGGCAGACUUUAUAGAGGACCCUUCUGUUCACAAUAUUAACCACAUGAUGCUGGGAAAGAUUCUCAGUGAAAAUGCAGCAAAUCGCUACAGUUUUGUAUGUAAUGUCCUCAUGAAUGUUUGUAUGGGGCACCAAGAUGCAGAAAGGAUCAAUGAUAUAUCUAACCUGUGUGCUGAGCUGACGGCCUGCUGUACCAUAUUGAGCUCAGAAUGGUUGGGAGUCCUGAAGGCUCUCUGUUGCUCCUCCAAUCAUGUGUGGGGCUUUAACGAUUUACUCUGCAGCGUGGACGUUAGUGAUCUCUCAUUUCAUGACUCUCUGGCCACUUUUGUUGCUGUUCUAAUUGCACGGUAUUGCUUUUCAUUGGAAGAUGUGGUUCAGCACGUUGCUCUUCCAUCUCUACUGGCUGCAGCUUGUGGGGAUCCAGAUGCUGAACCAGGUGCCAGAAUGACAUGUCGCCUCCUUUUACAUCUGCUGAGAACACCACAGAUCAGCACAUAUGGAAUGACAAAUGGGAAACUUGCCCCUGGAUUGUGCUUUUCAUGUGACAGACAUCUUUUGGCAGCUGCUCACAACAACAUUGAGGUGGGAGCUAUAUUUGCAGUCCUAAAGGCUAUCCUGAUGCUGGGAGAUGCUGACAUUGGUAAUAGUAAUAUCAGCUCUUCUAGGCACAUUAAGACUGAUAUGAUGGAUCAUCCAUUAGAUGAAAGGGUUCCAGAGUCUCAGUCAAGUCUACAAUCAUCUGAAAAGCCAUUUGCUAUUGAGACGGCUAGCUUAAGCGAGUACGCCAAGUAUGUUUUGAGAACGAUUUGUCAACAGGAGUGGGUUGGAGACCACUGUUUGAAAGAGCCAGAGAGGCUAUGUACCGAUAAAGACCUCAUCUUGGAUCCUGUCCUCUCAAAUAAACAAGCACGGAAACUGCUACAGUUGAUUUGCUACCCUCAUGGAGUAAAUGAUUCAGUUGAGGGAGACAACAUCCAACGGCUUCAUAUUAAGCGUAUCCUACAGAACCUUGACCAGUGGACACUGAGGCAGUCGUGGCUGGAGAUUCAGCUGAUGAUCAAGCAAUGCAUGAAGGAACCUGGCCCCAACUCAGUGAAUGAGAUGAAUGCACUUCUGGAUAAUAUUGCAAAGGCCACCAUAGAGGUAUUCCAGCAGUCCGCUGAACUAAACAGCAGCCCCAGUAAUCCGGCCAGUGGUCUCUUCAAUGCGAGCUGUGCUGCACAUGUGGAGACCAACAAUACAAGACAUAAUGUGAAGUCAGCCUUCCUCAGCUCUUCUGAACGUAGGGGUGUCUGGCUUGUGGCACCUCUCAUUGCUAAAUUACCUACCUCCGUCCAAGGCAGAGUGCUAAAGGCAGCAGGGGAAGAACUGGAGAAGGGACAGCACCUGGGGUCAUCCUCAAAGAAAGAAAGAGAUAGGCAAAAGCAAAAAAGCAUGUCUUUGCUAAGUCAGCACCCAUUCCUAUCCUUGGUGCUAACCUGUUUGAAAGGACAAGAUGAGCAGAGAGAAGGACUCCUGACAUCACUACAAAACCAAGUAAAUCAGAUUCUAAGUAAUUGGAGGGAAGAAAAAUACCACGAUGACGUGAGAGCCCGGCAGAUGAUGCAUGAAGCCCUUCAGCUACGGCUCAAUUUGGAUAUAAACCUGUUUGCUAGAAGGCUUGCCCUCCACAAACUGUUUAAUCAACAAUCUAGAGAGUGCCAACGGAUCCAGACUAAUGAAAGACAGGCCUUAGCCAUAUUGGAAUCAUUGGACACUCUUGAUGUAAAUGCCCAAGACCUAGUUGUAGCACCUUUUUCAACACUAAAACCUCAAUCUAAGUACACCCCCCCGUUUAGUCAGUAUGGUAACAUAGAUACCUUCGUGCAACUAGUAACAAGGGAUCUAAAGACUUUGAGUACCAAAAUACCCACCACAUAUGCUAAUCUUGCGGUGGAUGAACAACGGGCCUUAGAAGAGCUUAGCCAGAAUGAAGAACUGGUAAUCAAACCUUCAGAUAAGGGGGGGAAUAUUGUCCUAAUGGAUAAACAGUACUACAAAAAGAUGGUGGAAGAUCUAGUUGAGCAGAAUGAUACAUAUCAAAAGUUGGAUUGUAAUCCCACUGAGAGGUUUUUAGGAGAACUGAAGGUCAUCCUAACUACAGCAAAGGUGAACAACCUGAUCUCAAAAGAGGAGUACCAAUAUCUUUUGAAAACACAUCCGACGACUGCCACUAUAUAUGCCACUCCAAAGGUGCACAAACAGAGGCGACCAGUGCCGGGCAGACCAAUAGUGUCCGGUAACAACAGUCUAACAGAGAAUAUCAGCGAAUAUGUGGAUGGAUUUAUUGCCCCCUUUGUGCCCAGUCUGCCCUCGUAUAUUAGGGACACUAAGGAUGUGGUCACCAGGCUCCAGGACAUUCAGGUCACCCCAGAAACAAAAUUGGCCAGCCUCGAUGUCGAGGCCCUUUAUUCAAAUAUUAGGCACGACUUGGGAAUUAAUGCAGUAUCCACUUAUCUUUCAACUAAGACAUUUAAAGAGGUACAGAAAACAUAUAAGCAAUAUGUCAGAGCUCAAUGGGAGGUAGCCAGCUUAGAAACAUACCAACAGCAGGGCCUAGUGUUCAGGGGCAUGAGAAUAAAUAUUGUCCCCCACUCGCAUCAAGAUGAUGCCACGUUCGUUAAAGGAUGGCAACAACUGUUAACGGAGAACUCAUUGCGUAUGCAACAAUAUCUGUUGGAUUUUGAAAAAGUGUCAUUGGCAGAUACUGCCAGGAAACUAGAGCAGGACAUCUCCCAGAUUCAAAAUCUUAGGUCUCAUCCAGAGUUCGCUACACAGGAGACUAGGUUACAAAAACAUAUUGAGUCCUUUCAAACUGAGAUAAAAGAAAGGAAGCACAACAAAUAUAUUAGGGACAAAAGGGAUUUCGAUACUGGUCAGAUAUAUCACAUUAGGUCUAACAUUAGUAACCAGUCAAAAAGAUAUAACACCAAUAGACAAGGAGUAUCCCAGUCAGAUCUUUCUGAGUCUGAUUGGUCAGGAUCGGAAGGUCGCCCAGUAAGGUCAAGGCCCUUCCCUGAGGGACAGGGAGAAGUGGGCAUACAAUGCCAGAACAUAGAUGACCCGUUAAGGGUGAUUAAUCUGUCAAGCUUCCCCCUUAGACCUGAACAUCUUAGGGUACUUAAUAAGGGACUGUCCUUUACACCCACACCUUCCUUCCACUGUUUUGACUGGGUUAAGGAUAUAAACCUGUUUGCUAGAAGGCUUGCCCUCCACAAACUGUUUAAUCAACAAUCUAGAGAGUGCCAACGGAUCCAGACUAAUGAAAGACAGGCCUUAGCCAUAUUGGAAUCAUUGGACACUCUUGAUGUAAAUGCCCAAGACCUAGUUGUAGCACCUUUUUCAACACUAAAACCUCAAUCUAAGUACACCCCCCCGUUUAGUCAGUAUGGUAACAUAGAUACCUUCGUGCAACUAGUAACAAGGGAUCUAAAGACUUUGAGUACCAAAAUACCCACCACAUAUGCUAAUCUUGCGGUGGAUGAACAACGGGCCUUAGAAGAGCUUAGCCAGAAUGAAGAACUGGUAAUCAAACCUUCAGAUAAGGGGGGGAAUAUUGUCCUAAUGGAUAAACAGUACUACAAAAAGAUGGUGGAAGAUCUAGUUGAGCAGAAUGAUACAUAUCAAAAGUUGGAUUGUAAUCCCACUGAGAGGUUUUUAGGAGAACUGAAGGUCAUCCUAACUACAGCAAAGGUGAACAACCUGAUCUCAAAAGAGGAGUACCAAUAUCUUUUGAAAACACAUCCGACGACUGCCACUAUAUAUGCCACUCCAAAGGUGCACAAACAGAGGCGACCAGUGCCGGGCAGACCAAUAGUGUCCGGUAACAACAGUCUAACAGAGAAUAUCAGCGAAUAUGUGGAUGGAUUUAUUGCCCCCUUUGUGCCCAGUCUGCCCUCGUAUAUUAGGGACACUAAGGAUGUGGUCACCAGGCUCCAGGACAUUCAGGUCACCCCAGAAACAAAAUUGGCCAGCCUCGAUGUCGAGGCCCUUUAUUCAAAUAUUAGGCACGACUUGGGAAUUAAUGCAAUCCAUAAAGAACCACAAUGUCUCUGGAAAGUACAAUUGUUGGAUAGUGUCUAUCCCUCUGCGUGCCCAGUCGGUUACAGAUAUGUUCACUUGUUACUGUUUUGUCUCAGAGUAAUGAAAAAAGCUUAUGUCUUUUCUUUUUUUCACAGUGAAUUAUUCACGACUGUUCUUGAUAUGCUGGGUGUCCUUAUAAAUGGAACCCUCGCCUCUGAUCUCUCCAGCGUCUGUCAAGGAAGUUCAGAGGAGAAUAAAAGGGCUUAUAUGAACCUGGUGAAAAAGCUUAAGAAAGAACUUGGUGAUAAACGAUCGGAGAGCAUCGAUAAAGUCCGCCAACUUUUACCAUUGCCAAAACAGACCUGUGAUGUCAUUACCUGUGAGCCCAUGGGAUCCCUCAUUGACACAAAGGGCAACAAAAUUGCUGGAUUUGACUCUAUUGACAAGAAACAAGGCCUUCAGGUUUCAAAUAAACAGAAGGUAUCUCCUUGGGACCUUUUUGAUGGUCACAAAAACCCAGCUCCUCUCUCCUGGGCUUGGUUUGGAACCGUUCGUGUGGAUAGAAAAUCAAUAAAAUAUGAAGAGCAGCAUCACCUUCUUCUCUAUCACACUCAUCCAAAGCCCAAACCUCCAAGUUACUACCUGGAACCAUUGCUACUUCCUCCAGAAGAAGAAGAUGAGGAAGAUGAACCUUCGACCCCAGUGUCUGCAGGCCUAGAGGGGAAGGCAACAGACUAUUCUGAUCCUGGUAAAUCAAUAAAUGAUGAAGAAAAGAAAUCCAAAAGCAGAAAGCGCAAGAGCAAGGCCAACCCUCGAACAGAUGAAUAUCCUCAAAAUACUGUAUAUCGAGCCCCACCAAAUUUUUCACCCCUGUCAUCUCAAAUGUUACAUCAGACUCCAGUUAGUACAUGGAGUUACAAUGUUGCAGGGCAGCAACAGGCGAACUUCUACUUGCAGAAUCCAUCCUUCAUAUCCGCUGGCUGCAGAAUGGAUCCUGCGGGUCCGUUUCUUCCUACAAACACAAAGCAAGCACUGUCAAACAUGUUGCAAAGACGGUCGGGCACAGUCAUGCAGCCUCCCUCCAUGCAUGUGAUCGGCUCUCAACAGCAGCUAUUACAGAUAAAACUAUUACAGCAGCAGCAACAACGACUCCUUCGGCAGCACGUACAAGCAAGAACACUUCAGCAGGGUCAAACAAUGGAACAGGCUGCUAUAUUUUCUCAGCAAAUACGACCUUCCCAAGCAUACCCAGGCAUUCAGCAAGCGCAGCCAGUCCCACAAGGGUACACAAUGUACAGUACUCAGGAGCCAGUUCAGCAGCACCAUGGUGGAAGUGUACUACUUACUCCCAGUUAUACCUCACGGGCAACCACCGCAGCUUCUCCUAGUUCCGCUCUGAUGGAAAGGCUGCGCCAGAUUCAUCAACAGCCCUCUGGAUAUAUGCAGCAAGGAGCUUCCUUCAUACAACCAAUGGCCAGUAAUCAGAGGUUUCCUCAUCAGCCGUUGCAGCAGAGCCCUUUGAUCGGCGGAGGCCUGGAACCAGUAGCGGCACAAGUUUUACAUUCAAAUCUUAGUUCUGUGCAGCAGAACCAGGAGCAGUUGAGACAGAGACAGCAGCAAAUUUGCCAACAGAGACUUGUACAGCUUCAAGAACAGCAAAGUCAGCAAGCCAUGGGCCUUCAAGCAGUGCAACCGCAGCAGCCACUGUUCCCAAGGCAAGGUUUACAGCAGACUCAACAACAGCAGCAAACUGCAGCCUUAGUCAGGCAACUACAGAAGCAGCUUUCAAUAAUUUAUACAAUUGGAAACUUAGAGGAAAAGUGA